AUGCCGGGACGAAUGCUAUAUCGAUAUACUCGCGAGGAGGUGGCUAAGCAUAACGUGCCAGACGACUUGUGGGUGAUCUUUAAUAACAAAGUUUACGAUGUGUCCGAGUUUGCAGUUGACCAUCCUGGUGGUGCGGAUCUGAUUCAAGAAUGGGGAGGAAAAGAAAUAACCAAGAUAAUGGCAGAUUCUUUCUCACACGAGCAUUCUGAAUCUGCUUAUGAAGUAUUGGCUGAACUGUGCAUAGGCGAUGUUGUUAAUGGAAACUGUAAUGAGACUAGUGGAUUUGAUGAUAAUACGAAUGGCGUGGAAAAUGAUCGCAUCAUCAACAAGAUUAAUAGUAUAAACAACGGUGCUACCCGCACCUCAAAUUACAACUUUGAAGAUUUUCGUCCAAUCGAUACCAACGCCGAUGCCGACUACGAAAAACUCAAAUUUCUCAACCUCAAUCAACCACUCUUCACACAAAUGCUCAACUCCAAAUUUACCAAAGACUUUUACUUAAAACAAGUCCAUCAACCCCGUCAUCUCUCUUACUCAGCACGCUUGUUCGAAAACGACAUUCUUGAAAUGCUAACCAAGACGCCUUGGUAUGUUAUUCCAAUCAUCUGGAUACCAAUUUCACUGUAUAAUUUAUCUAUUGCUAGCGAACGAUUGGAAGUAGCGAGUGCGGGCGUGUGGUUUGCGAUCGGAAUGGCUAUUUGGUCAGUGUUGGAAUAUAUGCUGCAUAGAUUCUUGUUCCAUUUGGAUUAUUAUUUACCGGACAAUCAGUAUGCGCUGUGUGUACAUUUCGCUUUGCACGGGAUUCAUCAUUAUUUGCCCAUGGACAGAUAUCGCCUCGUGAUGCCACCUGUUCUUGGUAUAUCACUCGCUGUUCCCAUCUUACGCGGAACCUACGCAGUCUUCCCUAAAUACAUUGCUCAUGCUGCCGUCGCUGGGAUUGUCUUUGGCUACGUAUGCUACGAUUUGACGCAUUACCAUCUCCAUCAUGCUCGUCCAUUUACUAUGCAUUUGCGAGAGAUGAAAACAUAUCACCUAGCACAUCAUUAUAAGAACUAUGAAUUGGGUUAUGGAAUUACGAGCAAGUUCUGGGAUAAAGUAUUUGGUACCUUGCUUCGAUGA